GAACAUAACCUCAUUAUCGAUUUAGCUGAUAUGCUGCCACAUCAUUCUCAAAAAUACAGUAAAUUUGUAUAUUAAUAAGAUUAAUGUCUUUACAUGGAUUUUGAAAGAUGUACAAUCACGAUACAGUUCCAUCUGUUAUAUUAUGUAGUGUUAAAAUUUAUGCAAAGGUAAACACUAAUGGUACAAUGAUAUUGAUCAAUCAUACUUAGUAUAUUUUACAAACCGUCCAAAAUUUUUAAAACGAUGUACUUCAGAAUAAGUUCCGAGACGUGGUUGGUAAUUUUUGGAACUUUGUUUUCAAUAUUGUUAAGAGCAUGCACUAAUCUGCAUUCCCAUUCUGGUGAGGCCACUCCUCCUAUGUAUGGUGAUUAUGAAGCUCAGCGUCACUGGAUGGAGAUCACUACGAAUUUACCGAUAAAUCAAUGGUAUUAUAAUACGACUAACAAUGACUUAAAUUAUUGGGGGCUGGAUUAUCCACCCCUAACUGCAUAUCAUAUGUUUAUUUGUGGAAAAGUAGCCAAUUAUUUAAAUGAAAAUUAUACAAAAUUGCAUGAUUCUAGAGGAUAUGAAAGUGAUUCUCACAAGGUAUUCAUGAGAUACACAGUUAUGCUUUCUGAUGUAUUAUUAUACAUACCAGCUCUGAUUAUUUAUUACCAAACUUGUAUCAAGGAUGGGGAAGUGCUGGAGAAUGGAGUGAUGAAAAAGAAGCCCCAGAUCCCAAAGAAGUUUACAAUAACCAAACCGAUGAGCUCUUCACUUUGUACUGUUCUUGGUUUGUUGUAUCCAGGUGUUAUUCUUGUAGAUCAUGGACAUUUUCAAUAUAAUUCCAUUUCGUUAGGUUUUACAAUAUUGGCUAUAACAUAUAUACUAAAAGAGUGUGAUAUUUUAGCUUCCAUUUUUUUCUGUUUUGCUUUAAACUACAAGCAGAUGGAACUAUAUCAUGCUAUACCAUUUUUCUUGUACUUGUUGAGUACUUGUGUGCCUAAACCUGGUCAGAGAACCUUUUGGGGAAUAUUUAGGUUAUUCAAAAUUAGUAUAACAGUGAUAUUAUGUUUUGGUCUCAUUUGGCUACCAUUCUUGUUUAACUUUGAAGACUUGAUGCAAGUUCUGCAUAGGUUAUUUCCAGUAGCUAGGGGAGUUUUUGAGGAUAAGGUUUCUAACUUAUGGUGUGCCUUAAAUGUUGUAUUCAAAUUUAAAACUAGAUUUAAUAAUUUUGAGAUGAUGAGAGUUUGCUUGUUUACUACAUUUUUAGGUCUCUUGCCAAGUUCUUUGGAUCUUUUUUUGAGACCAAAUUUGAAAAAGUUUGUUCUAGCCCAAAUUAAUUCAUCUUUAGCUUUUUUUUUAUUUAGUUUUCAAGUACAUGAGAAAACUAUAUUAUUAGCAGCUGUUCCUGUAUUAUUAUAUUUUCCAUUUGCACCAUUUGUUUGUUACUGGUUCUUGUGUAUAUCUGUUUUUAGCAUGAUUCCUCUAUUUUUUAAAGAUAAUUUAGUCAUUGCCCUAAUAUCUCUUACCUUAUUUUAUUGCAUCACCUUUAGAGUCACUAUAGAACACAGCUAUCGUAGUAUGUUAAAUAACCGAGAUGGUCUGAAGGAGUAUUAUAGAAGUCUUUUGCACUCUCUACUAGAUAUAGAAUAUAAAAAAGCAUCACAGAUAGGUAUUAUUAAGGCAUCUCUACAACAAAUUAGUAAAAAUUCUGAUGCCAUCAAGACUCUCAUUUUCCAUUGUGUGAUGUUCUUUUCACUAACUGGUUGUCUUCUUUUGUUUUUAGCAAGUUUGUUUUUCAAUCCUCCAGUAAGAUAUCCAGAUUUGUAUCCUUUAUUGAUAUCUUUUUAUUCUUGUAUUCAUUUCUUAGGAUUUUUUGUAUAUUUCAAUAUCAAACAAUUAAAAAUUCCUCAACAGUUUGGGGAUAUUAGGAUUGAUAAAGUGAAAGAUUCGUAGUAUUAAUCAUAUGAUUUUUCUAUAAUAAAGCAAUACUCUUGAUUAUACUUUCAUAAAGGGAUAGUUUAAAUUGUCUGUUUAACUGAUAUAAUUAAAUAAUUCUGUACAAUUCUGUUGAUUUUAAAUAAAAAGUUAUUAAAAACGU